CCUGUCGUCUCCCUCUCGGUGCAGAGGUGUUCAGUGGUCGCUGCCGCCACUGGCUGCUGGCGCUUCAACCCUUAGUGAAGGACUACUGUCUGAUUCUUCUCUGGGCUCCUUUAUACAAACUUUAUUUUCUAUCCUGAUACAUUCCACUUCAUAGGGGACUUCACAGAAUCAACAAUGAGCAGUUUGAGGACGUAUAAGGAACCAUUUGACAGAAGCAGCUCUGAACCUGUGGAGGACAUAGACACCACCAGCUUCGUGGCAGAGUUUUCCCUGGAGGCCAAUUAUCCAGUGCAGGUGACUGAUCCUAAUGUGUCUCCAGCAGAUGCUGUGACCCUCCAUCUGACCUCCAUGACCUCUGGAUACCUGAGCCCUUCCUCAGACAGAAUAAGACAGCCAGUUCAAGAUGUCAAAGAAUGCACCUGCCCAACAUCUACUUCCCCAGACUUCCCCAAAGAGCUGCAGUUACUGCACGGGCCAUGUGAAAAGUGCUGCUGCCCCGCACCUCCUCCCAAAAUAAGUGACCUCAUGAACGACAAAGACCUCCUGGAUUUACUGCGGCUCAAGCUGGAUCCAAACCACUGCACCAUCAAAAACUGGAAGAACUUUGCUAGUCGCUGGGGGAUGAGCUAUGAUGAACUGACCCUGCUGGAGCACCGGACCCAGGGCUCCCUGUCCCAUAGCCCGACCCAGGAGUUCCUGUUGCGAUACAACCAGAAGACUGUCACUGAGCUCACCGAACUCUGCCGCAUGUACCAGCGCAUCGACGUGCUGCGACUGCUGCAGAGCUGGAUAGAGAAGGACUGGCCGUCACGCUGGCAACAGACUCAUUAGCCAGUGUGACUCUGGGUAUUUUUACUCCGCUACAGUUGUACUUGUUAGGGAUUUCCUCUUCUUUAUAAUCUUUCUUAUCAUUAGCAACUUUAGCAAGUCCUCUUAAGAGAAGGAUAAAACAAAUGACCAACACUGUUAACUGCCUGUGGAGGAUGUCAGCUGCGAUGAGUUAUCUCUGGAUCUCACAGACAGUUUAGCACAAGACUAACUACUGAUCACAGUUUGACUUUUUAAACGUGUUUUGCUGUGCUAGCAGCAUGGCUCUAAGAAAAAUAUACAUUUUGUAUGACGGCCAAUCCGUCUGUUGUUUGGUGAUCCCCGAUUUCUUUCUUUAGCGAUAUCAUCAUGUCGAUUUUGUCCAUACUUUGAUUAAAAUUCUUGUUGAACUUACA